GGGAUCCGCCAUUGACAGUAUUGUAUCAGAAGAAAUAAAACAAAAUUGAAGAACACUCGGUACGUCAAUGAAGUGAUUUCCCAUCGUUUUCGGCAGUAGAAGCAGACGACGAUGGCGGAGAACUGAAGCAACGGCGGAGCUGCUUCGUCAGAAUUGCAUCCGCAGGACUGCAAAACCACAUCCAUGGCUCCCGCUUCAUCGGCGCCAGAGUAGAAGAAGACGGCCGAGAAUUGAAAUUGCCAAAAUAAGCGCGGAGCUGCUUAAUCACCACUGCAUCCGCUGGACUGCAAAACCACAUCCACGGCUCCGGAUUACCUGUUGAAAACGAGCUUUUUUUCGGUGAUACUUCCAUGGCUUUAUCGCUCUCAAAUUUCUGUCAAUGAAGUUAUAUCGAAAUUCUGUCAAUUGCAGCUUCUCCCAAAAUUCUGUCAAUCGCAGCUUCUCCCAAAAUUCUGUCAAUCGCAGCUUCUCCCAAAAUUCUGUCGAUUGCAAUAUUUAUAGAGUAAAAAUCAGGUGUUGGCGAUGGAAAUUUUUUUCGCGUUUGAUUAGGAUUCGGCCAUUAGGUUGCUGCAGACUACUCGCAGUAGCAGAAAUCGACUCGGCUCGGCACCACAGCAAAGAGAGAAAGUCAAAAUCAGUUCUUUUCUUAUUUUUUUUUUUUGCCGCCAUUGCGAAGCUUACAUAUUUAUUGCGAGCAGCGAAUCGAAUGUUCAGUUUAACCGAAAAAGAAGAACGAUUAUUCAAUUUUCUGAUGUGCUAUGUCCUGCUUCCAAUCCGCCGUCGUCGCAUUGCGGACUGUUUACCCCAAGGCCGUCGUCUGGUCGGAAGAGAAUUUGGUGGCGGUGGCGUGUGGCGCAGCUGUUAUAAUUCUGAAUCCUCAUACUCCUAAAGUUCGAGGUGUGAUUACCGUUCCAUCUAGCAAGCGCUUUCCCACUGAUGUUGAUGGCGGAGGUGCGGAUUUGCUAAAUGGGUGCUUGCUUCUAUAUCAUUUAUCAAGGGAAACUCGUCCUUGUGUUCGGUUGAUUUCUUGGUCUCCUGCAGGUCUCGCCAAAGAUGCUGGUUGUUUGCUUGCUCUUUGCACCACCAGCGGGCAUGUGAAGCUUUACCGCCGUCCACAUUGUUCUCCGGAGUGGAUAGAGGUUGUGAAUAUAUCUGAAGUGUUAUAUAAUUACUACAAGAGCACCAAUUUUGGGGAGUGUCAAAUUGUACCCUUGGAAGGUUCUGACGUUAUACCAAGACAAGAUACUGCAAAUAAGGGCACACAUUUGAGAAAGUGUGUCAACCGUAGAAGACAAAAAACAGCUAAUGUAGUAUCAGAAGACCAUGAAAAUUUGGGUGAGAAGAACAAUUGGCAAAUUGUUUUCUCCUCUUUCUAUGAAGGGGACUGAUGAUGUGGCGAAUUUUUGAUGGGAAUAAAUGCAAGUAAUAAAU